AUCCACGAUAAAACCAAAUACGAGGAGGCGCUGCAAACAUACAAGAGCUUCCCAGCACAUUUUUCACAUUCUUCGAUAAAUAGACCAGCUAGUUUGAAGGUUUAACAGUAUAUGAAUAUCAAGUAGAAUCGGGUUUGUUCUCUGCCGUUAGCACGGUCAGUCUGAAAGAGGCUGUGUCAAGCUAACAGGGGUUAGCUGGCUCUGUUAGCUGUCGAUGGUUCUCAUUAGCUCGCUAAAAUCCCGUAAGACUGACCAUUGCAGAUUUUUGGAGUUAAAUUGACAUUACCUCGUCUUUGUAAAACUCCAAUAAUGGACGCUUUUGAAACGCCGUAUGAAGAGGAGGCCGAGUUCAUUCAGUGCACGGUCUGUGAUAAGUCAAUAAGAGGUGAAACCUUAUACAGGAUACACCUGACCACACCUGGACAUAUAAAGAAGGAGGAGGGCAAUGUAGCAGCGGGGCAGAAUGUCCCGAUAUUUGAGGACAUUAUACACUACCUGGAUUACAUGAAACUUGAUGAGCCCAUCAUCGGUCUGAAUUAUUUGGAGGAACUACCAAGUAAUGACCUACUGGCAGGUCCAAAAUACACGUGUCUACUUUGUCACCAGACUGCUAACCUCCAUGAAACAGUCCGCCAUGUGAUUGGACGUAAACACCGGCAAAAAUAUGUGGAAAUGAAGCGUCCAGACUUGGUGACCUGGGAUAAACAGAGCAUAACAAACCAAGCAGGGAAGAUCAUCAGAGCCAGAGCGGAGAUAAUAGAGAGACAAGAUGGACGAGGGACUCCUGUGACAUUACCAAAAAAGAGGAAGGUGGGCCAGUCAAACAUCUCUAGAGCUCCUCAAAGGCAGAACCAGAACUGGGGCAGAAACGUUCCACAGAGUUUAACCAAACGAGACAUCCCAUCACGCCUUCCUCAUGUAAUGACCAAUCAGGAUGAGUACUUUCACCAAGAGAGGCUUCCACCAAGGCGUCUAAACACCCCCCCGUUUCACCCAGAAGAGCCUCCUUACGUAAUGAACAGAGACCGACAGAAGCACCAGCAAGAUAACGCUCUCAGUCAUCACGGCAUAGAAGAAGGGCUUCCAAGAGCAGACUACAGAGACCAGGAUCUUUACCGUGAAGAGUACAUGGACCCUGAUUAUCGUAGGGGAUAUAAAGGGGAAGACUCACAACGAAGAGCUCUGCUUGAGCCAGCUGCUGGUCCCAGGUAUGGUCUGGGGGAGGAGAUGCAUCAUGACUCAGCUCAGUGUGAGGAUAAUUACCCAGAUGAGGCUCCUCCUUACAGGAAACCUUACCAAGAGAGAGAUCUGCUGAAGGAGUUCUACACUGAGGAGGUGAGACGUCAGCAGGCUCGCUCAGCUGAACACCAGCCUUCAGUGAAGCACAAUGUGGAGGACCACCGCUGGUCUCUGGACCGGGAUCCUCUCAGACAUGAGGGUAAAGUCGGUAGGCAGGGUCCAACUGAAGCAGAGGCCAAGAGAAGGAGCUUCCCUUCACAGAUGGGGGAUGACCGUGUGUUUAAUAUGAUCAGAGAAUAUCCAGGGGAUAUAAGGCAACCACCCCUGGAGGAGGCAGUAGUGAGUCCAGGGCCAAGUAGAAUGGGAGCGUCUCAACCCCAAAGACAAGUGGAAGUUAGCAAAAGACAAGUGGAAGUUACCAGGACAUUGGCUGAUGUCCCAGAGCCAUUCAGGCGCUUUCUGCAAGGGCCAUCUAAUGAAGGCCAAGAAAACAGGAAAAGGAAAAGUCGCUUCUCUGAUGCCACAGCAGAGGAGGUGGAAACCAUGAAGGAGCUGUUCAGUGACGAGCUAGGACCUCCAGAACCAAAGUUCCCCAGUCGUCCUCGACCCGUUAGUGUACCGCUGAGGCCUGAAACCCACAGGACACAACAUCCUGACCUGUACAUACAACCACAGAGCACACGUCAGACUGACAGAGACCCAGCAGACGACUCAGAUUCAGCAGGGGUCUUUGAGAUGCUGAGAGAUGUUGAAAUUGAGAAUGCAGAGGAGGCAAACUACCUGAAGAGCAAGCUUUGCGACCUUCUGAAAGACUUCAAGAGUAAAAAAUCUGAGAAAGCUGCUGGGCUAAAUAGCCAAGGUCGAGUAGUCAUGUCAAGAGACUUGGACAGUUUCAACACAAGAACCCCUGAGCCAGCUCCAAGACAUCUGUAUGAGCCAGCAGUAAGACUGGAUUCAGACCACAGAAGACCAGAAGAGCUCUACUUUCCAGAAAAUCACAGGAGAAGAGAGGAGUUUAUCCCUGACAAACGGCCCCAAGAAAUCCACCAUGGAGAGCACAGACGCUCUGAAAGAAACCAGUUUGAAGAUUUGGGGUGGCAGGAAAACUUACAGACACCACAUAGCAGCCUUCGAGAUGAACCAGCAUCUUAUUCUGAAAGGCUUCCAGAGCCCAGGUACACGCGUGACUACAGACAUGCUGCCCCUAAGUUUUCAGUUUCUCCCCCUCGCUUUGAUCAGGGGCCCAGGAGGGACAGGAGCCCCCGGUACAUGAACAAAAUGGACAAAAUCACCUCAACGCUGCUGGAGCUCGUCUCAAGAAAAUAAAACACCAAAUUUCCAUGAACUUUAUGUUUCUUGGUGUGUAUUUUAGAUUUUCCUUACUUUGAAAAUGUGAUUAGAGUUCAAACAAAGACCAUCAAUACUUUUUUUUAUUUCUUAAGGACGAAUGAUGGGACAUGAAAUAAAAUAUCUGACUGCUGCAACUGUCA